AUGAUGUCGAUAAGACAAAGCACAGCCCAGGAGCAGCUGGACCUGAACUCCUCGAUCGACGAAAUCUUCGUCUGCAUCAACUCCCGACGCUUCAAAGAAGCGUACACCAUCACAAAGUCCCUGCCAAAAACGAAGGGAUUACCGAGUUAUGUCAGAAACAUUUUUGAAGAGAUCAUUAGGGCUGAAGAAGCGUAUCUUACUGAUUUCGAUAGAUGCUUACAGAAAAAAUCGAGUUUCACAAUCUUCACGAGAAAAGCUGACCUGACGGAGCAAUACAAGUCGAUCAAAGAGAAAAUUCCCGAGCGUCCGGAUUUCCAACCUCUUCUCGAUUUUAUCAACUGCAAAAUCCGGCUAUUGCAUCUUUACGUGCAGCUUUAUCAAAACUCUGCUGGAAAACCAAACAUUGCUCCAGACUUUCGCGAGUUUUUCAAUCUUUUCGAAACGAACAGAGAAGAUUAUUUCAAAAACUAUUUGGCGAACAAAGAAGAUCAAGAAGAACUCUUUUGUAAUGUCAAAUUAGAGCUGCAAACCCUGGAGUAUAUUUUACAAUCGGCCCGUGACAUUUGGGAACUGCAUAUAAUCUCGGCGCAGAUAACAUUAAAACGAGCUCAGAUGAGUCUGAAGAAGUGGAAUCAAAAGCUCAAUCCAACGGCUUCCGCGAGGAAAAUCUCAUUCUUCGAUAAUAAGAAUCUGGUACCAAACAGCUAUGAGUGGCUGGUUGAGCUCCACGGCCAUCUCCUCGCCAAAUUCUGCCUCUUUUUCUACGACGUCUUCAUCACCACUCCGAAAAUCGGAAACUUAGAACCUGCAGAAGGCUUUAGAAAACUCUGCUCUCAAACGAGAUUCGACUUUUACGGCCGUGUUCAAGAGUUUUUCAAGACAGUUGAAAACUCUUCCGCCUUGUACUUGAUUCGUGAUCAUCGACCGAGCAAAUCGGAGAAUUAUUCAUCAACGAGCAAAUACGUCUUCAUGCCUUUUAUCGAGGAAGUCACGAACAACGAUGCGAAGGGAGAUCGAAUCGGCGUUGUUAGCUGGUACAGUCGAGAAGCGAACAAGCGAGAUUACAGCGUCGAAAUGGAGAAUUUGAAGAAAUCAUUCGAAGCUUACCAGAAAAGGAAGGAAGAAAAGGCGGCGAAGGGGAAGAAUUACGAAAACUGGGAAGAAAGGGUCCUGAAGUGGAACAUUCGUGGAAGCACCAGCAAUAAAACGUACUUUCUUGGUCAAGUCGAGCACUCGUUUUACAUCAUCAUUUCUUUUCAAAUGGAGCAAGAGAAUGACGAGCGAAUUUUUGCGAUCUUCAACGACUUCCGAAAGAAUAUCCGCCUCCAUCAUGUUUUCCAAAAACUCGUUCGCGAGUAA